AUGUCCGGACGUGGCAAACAGGGCGGCAAAGCUCGCGCCAAGGCUAAGACCCGUUCUUCUCGAGCGGGUCUCCAGUUCCCUGUGGGCCGAGUGCACCGCCUGCUCCGCAAAGGCAACUAUGCCGAGCGGGUCGGAGCUGGCGCCCCGGUGUACCUGGCGGCGGUGCUGGAGUAUCUGACCGCCGAGAUCCUGGAGCUUGCGGGCAACGCGGCUCGCGACAACAAGAAGACCCGCAUUAUUCCUCGCCACUUACAGCUGGCCAUCCGCAAUGAUGAGGAGCUUAACAAGCUGCUGGGCAAAGUCACUAUCGCGCAAGGUGGUGUCCUGCCUAACAUCCAGGCCGUGCUGCUGCCCAAGAAGACUGAGAGUCACCACAAAGCCAAGGAACAACGGGAGUGAUAAGCAUCUGUAAACAUCAUCCUUG